AUGGGAUGUGUCUCACCAGCUCCAGUGUCUUAUUCCAGACAGAACCAAUCGAAGAAAGUCCCACAAACUCAUCCCGGUUGUUCCACCAUACGGUAUAACAGAAAGAACAAUCCCGAAUUAGAAAAACGAAGAGUUCAUUAUUGUGAUUUUCCAGGUUGCAGAAAAGCCUAUACUAAAAGUUCUCAUUUAAAAGCUCAUCAGAGAAUCCAUACAGGUGAAAAACCUUAUAAAUGUCAUUUCCAUUCUUGCCAGUGGCGUUUUGCACGCUCGGAUGAACUUACCAGACAUAUACGCAAGCAUACCGGAGCCAAGCCAUUCAGAUGUAAAGUUUGUGAGCGUUCAUUCGCUCGUUCCGACCACUUAGCCCUCCACAUGAAACGCCAUGAACCCAAAAAGUAA